UGAAUGCAACACGUUUCAAGAGCGCUUCGGCACGAUCUCCGCCGCGCUUCUUCCCAGCGCGCUGUAGGUGUGCAGCGUCCGAGAAGAUCGUUUUCUUCUGCAGAAGAAGGUCCUUCCAUGUGGUUAGGAGGCGUGUUGGUCCGGAAUGCUUGCAUCCUGUCAGAUAAUGUCAUCCAGGCGCGAUUUACUGCCCCCCUUCCUCCUCCCGACGCUGACCAUCUCCUGGAGAUACGCAGUCCGCCUGGUUUAGAUGCUGCUGCUGCUGCUUCUUGAUUGAUUGGUGCGGUGCGGAGGCAGCAGCUUCUUCCUCGCUUGUCUGUCGGGCUCCGUAUGGGAGGCUUUUUGUGCAGCGUUUGCCCUAACCAGCGCUGGCAGCUGUGAGGAGUGGACGCUUCUGGAGAGCCAGGGCUGGCAAAUCAAGGAGGUCUCCGGUGGAGCCGGUCCUCUCAGCGCUAUGGAGCAACAACAUGAAAGAACGGGGGGCUUGUCCUACCAUGGCAGCAGUCCGGACCUGGGUUCUCCACCAAUCUCCUCUUGUGAGCGUGGAGAAAGCUCGCACCAGGAGGAAGACCCAAUAAUGAGACGGAAUGAGAUUUACCUACCAGUCCCUGGCGAGGACAAAAACCUGGAUGGGGACUUCAGGGAGAAGGACGGGAACAAUGAGUCCAUGCCAAUGAAAACUCUUUAUGCGAGAGAUGGCUCACUCUUGCAUGCGCAACUCGGUCCGUACUUCUCUGAUGGACAGCGCCGUGUGGACUAUGUUCUGACCUACAGCAUCCACAAGCCCAGCGGCGUCAGACGACAAUCCUCAAAGUUUGAUGAUGCCACCUUCUUUCAAAGGCUGCGGCGCAGCAUGAGCACCAGAAGCAGCCGCGCUCCGUUGCAGCCAAAGGAGGAUCCAGAGAUCGUAGCUACGGACCAGCAGGCUAAUUUUCAUGAGGAUGACAAACGCUUCAAGCGGGAGGAGUUUGAGCAAAACCUCCUAGACAUGGGACUGGAGCUGGAAAAGGAUGAAAGGACUAAAAUCUCUGGACUCGGCUUCCUGAAGAUCCAUGCUCCUUGGACCGUUUUGUGUCGAGAGGCUGAGAUGAUGAAGCUCAAGAUGCCAACAACAAAGCUCUAUGAGGUGAAACAAGGCACCAACAUAGUGGAGAAAAUCCGACUGUUCAUUCACAAAGUCACCGAUCCUCUCCACCCGAAAGUGGGUCCCACACGACUUGAAGAUGUCAAAUCGUUGUCUCUUCCUUUUUCAAGGGAGAAGCAGCAUCUUUUUGACCUGUCAGACAGAGACCUCUUCUUUGACAGCAAGACGAGAAGCUCCAUCGUCUAUGAAGUACUGAAGAGAAUAAGAUGGACAAGACCCAACUACUCCAUGGGGAUCACCAGUCUGUUAGCCAACGGUGUCUACACAUCUGCUUUCCCCCUGCAUGAUGGAGAUGUUGAGGGGGAUGGUGGAAAACCUAAUGACAGACAGUUGCUGUUCGAGGAGUGGGCCAGCUACAGUGUUUUCUACAAGUACCAGCCUAUUGGACUGAUCAGGAAGUACUUUGGAGAAAAGGUUGGCCUCUAUUUUGCCUGGUUGGGUGUCUACACACAGAUGCUCAUUCCUGCCGCCAUUGUUGGAGUCAUUGUAUUCCUUUAUGGCUGUGCCACUGUUGACGACAACAUCCCGAGCAUGGAGAUCUGUGAUCCCAGGAACAACAUUACCAUGUGUCCGCUGUGUGACCAGGUCUGCAGCUACUGGAAGCUGGUGACAGCAUGUGGCACUGCUAGAGCCAGCCACCUGUUUGACAACCCAGCAACGGUUUUCUUCUCCGUCUUCAUGGCCCUUUGGGGGAUCUGGUACAAUCUCUUGAGGGGCCUCAGCAAGGUGGCGGUCAUUGUUAACGCUUUCGUCAUUGCCUUCACAUCUGACUUCGUCCCCCGGCUCGUCUAUCAGUACAUGUACAGUCCUGAUGGGUCUUUGCACGGCUUUGUCAACCACUCGCUGUCAUAUUUCGAAGUCAAAGACUUUGAGCCGGGUACAGCACCUAUCCAGCCACACCACUUGGGUUAUACUGUAGAUGUGUGCAGGUAUAAGGACUACAGGGAGCCUCCCGGGUCCAUUACUCCGUAUGCACUAUCAAAGGAGUUCUGGGCUAUCCUAGCCGUCCGCCUCGCCUUUGUUAUCAUCUUCCAGAACCUUGUGAUGCUCAUGAGUGAUUUUGUUGACUGGCUUAUCCCGGACAUCCCCAAGGACAUCAGCCUUCAGAUCCACAGGGAGAAGCUCCUCAUGUUAGACCAUUUUAUGAAAGAAGAGCAGGGGAAAAAGCUUCCAGUUCGAGACAACUACAACCACGACAACUACACCAGCCCCUCGCUGGAUAAUGGGAGCCCAUCCCAGCCCCGGUCCCGCCCCAAGUUCCAAGCUAGAGCUGGCUGGUAGUUUCAGAAAUUAGUCAUUAACACAUGGCUUCCUUCAUAAUCAUCAGCAAAGCUUCUGCUGCAUUUCCAUUGAUUGGGAAUUUUAAAAUGUAUGUGACAUGUUCCUGCCAGGCGUCUGUCCCCCAUAAUGUGGAUCAUUUUAGAGUAUUUCUUAUCUUAAAUGUUAUACGUAUAACACACCAUUAGUCACUGACCAAAAACUUUGUUAGUGGUGUCCUGCCAUAGAUGCACAAGUCUCACAAGCUAAUUAUUGGAUGUAUUUGAGAGGAAGAAGCCAUUAGGGGUUACUGUGGGACCAGGUCUAGGUUUACCGUUCAGGAAGCAUUGCCAAACUCCACCUACAGCCUGACGCUUCUCAUAUUUUGAAUAAGGAUGAUCCAAGCGGCCGCCUCUCCAACAGGACCAACAAGCACCUUUCGUUUUGAAGACAACCAGAAAUUCCGUCCAAAUUAUUAUCCUGAGAGCUUUUUCCCUGGAUUUUUAUCACAGGUACAGUUCCAAAGAUCUUCAGACAAAUGUGCAACUUUUUUUUGUGUGCGUGUUGCAAAAUGAUGUACAAACAGACAUUUAUUGAGGUACAUUUUAAAUGUGCAACAUGGGCAGGCACAUGUGCAUAUCUUUCAGAAUUAGAAGCUGGUUUUGAAUGGCUGUUGGCAUCGUGACGCCUGUCUUUUUGUACAUAGACCCUAGACUGAUUUCUUACUAAAGAGGACCCCCUCUCCCAGUAAUCUUGAAGGCACAAGUUUCAGCAUUCGCUUCAACAGACUGGAAUUUUAGACCUUUAACAUCCGGCUUUGGUUUUAUUUUUUUUAUUUAAACAGCACAAAACAAAUUGUUUCAUGAUAUUUUUUUAAAAAGUUUGGCUAGAUCUAAAUGGUUAGAUAAAACUAAAGAUUUUCUAAAAAAAAAUAAAUAAGUGGAAAAGGGAAAAAUUAGCUCCUCCAAAGUCUCCAGAACACUCAGGCAUGAUAGUUCAUCACUACGGACAUAGCGGGGGUUUGUUUUAAUACGCUGGUUACAUUUUUAUUAUAGGUUUCUUACUUUUGGCAUUAGUAAGGGUUGAUAGACAAAAAUCACAGAAUAACUUUAGAAUGAAAUGCAUAAUGAAAAGCACACUUGCAGUAACGUGAUGAUUAGAAACACUAUUUUCAGUUUCAGAUUGGUCCACUUUAGAGAAAAUGUUUAUUUGUUUACCUAAACAAAUGCUUUUCCUGAGAUAAAGCUGCCAAAAUCAACAGGAAAUACAAGGGACGUCAAAUCUGAUUUGGUUUUAAAGUGACUGGAAUUUCAACUCAAAAGUAAAGCAUUAACGGGGUGUGUUUUUAAAGCUAAACUUUCUUAAAAUAUCUGAAAUGGUGUUAGACUGAUGUUUGUUCCAGUUGGGCUGUUUGUGUAUAGUUAAACUUAUACUAUAGAUGACCACAGGUUAAUUGGACCGUGAAAAAGCCCUUCUGGGCUUCUGGCUCAGCGGCUCUUCAGGCUGUAUGCAAACCCAGGUACCACAGGACCCCACACUCUGCCUUAUAAUCUAACCGCUGGGAUUAAAUGACAGAUUAACUUGUAUUGACUUAUUUAAGAUGUCCGCUCACACGAUAUGCUGCUGUAUACCAGUGAAACCUGGUAUACGGCAGCCCUUUUCCACCAUUGCCUUGCCUUAUUUUAACUGUGUAGAAGAUUUUCUGAUUUUACUAUGCUCUGCAUACGUUUAGCUAUCCUUUCCCAGACUGAAUAUUUAAAAAUAUAUAUUUUUAUUUUCUAUUUGCUAAAACAAAAUGUGGGAGUGACUGGAUACUGUACCGAAGAGUGGAGAUGGAACACAGACUCUGUGUUGUACUGUCAGAUAAAACUCUGCUGAGGGAUUUAAGCAAUUAAACUCCUAGCUCAGACUGAUGGAAUAUAUUUCUUUUUUAUUAAGUUAUGUAAAAUGCAUUUGAGAUGAAAAUGUUGUCUUUUUGAUUGGAUCAACGUGGCAUUUCUCAUACUAAAGGGACCAAUAGCUUAACUACUUCUACUCUCUUUUAUACAACUGAUCUUCAAUAUUUAACUAGAAAACAUGAAACAAACUGUUUGCUUUCUGUAUACAAGCUUGGAUGUGUGAUGCAGUUUCCAGACAUUUGUUCUGUAAAGGUGUUAACUGCUUUUUUUUUUUUUUUUUGCGUUUACAUAUUUAUGGGCUGAUGUACAGUGAUGGCAGACAUGCAGGAACAGGGCCUGAGAGUGUCCAUAAGCACAGGAGCUUUAUCUCUAAUUAAUGUCCAUCUUUGUUAAAUGUGAAGACCCUCCUCGGAUGUCCUUUUCAUGUCACCCUCUGCCUUGUCCAGCUGUUUUGACUUGUUUAGGACUGUUUAGUGUCAAAGCACAUUUCGCAACAGGGAUGACUAUAUUUGCAUGUGUAACCAUUCAGUUUGUCUCUGGUAUUUUUUUUUUUAUUAUUAUUAUUGUUGUUAUUGUUAGGAUCUGCUAAAUAAACUAUGGUUGAGUACAAUAAA